AUGGCGUCCACAAGCACGAAAGUAGAUACCGAGAACUCGGUAUUCUCUCGCGGUGCUCUAUAUGAGAAAAUGGUGGGAGAAACAAGUACGCGCCUCUCAGCCGCCGCUCUAUCGUACCUUCCACUCUCAACUUACACGUCAGCCACCCGGAUCCUUGACUCUGCCUGCGGGCCCGGGAUUGUAACCAAGCUUCUUUUAUCACCAUUACCCGAGUAUAUCGCCGUGAAAGGUCUGCCAGUCAAUCCUCCGCCACAGGUGACGGCGAUAGAUCUCUCGGAACCAAUGAUCGAACAAUAUAAGAUCAAUGCGGCCGCCCUAGGCUGGACUACCUCUGAAGCUUAUGUGCAAGACUCACAGGACCUCUCCCGUUUCCCUGACGCCUCGUUUGACGCAGUGGUGAUGGGCCUUGGUAUUUUCAUGCUCUCUGAUGCAGUGGCUGGUGUACGGGAGAUGUGUCGCGUGCUGAAACCCAACGGCCACAUAGUUUUAACGACGUGGAAGACGCGUCGGCCCCAGGAAAUCAUGAGCCGGACUGCAGAGACUAUCCGACCGGGUGUUGGCGCGGGGAAAGCAAUGGAUGUCGACCCGAAGUGGUCAACAAGUGAGCAUUUAGUCAAUGUCGUUAAGGCGGGCGGUUUCAAGGCCGAUAGCCUGAGGGUCCAUGAAGCGGCACCGAACUGGAGCCACGAAUCUCUUACAGACUUACUCGACGCCGCAAGCUCACCACUAUGGACGGCUCAGUUCUGUAAGGGGUGGAGCCAAGAUGAGAUGAGUAGGUGGAAGGAAGAGCUAGCGAAGCAGCUUACCGCGCGCGAACGAGAUACAUGCACGUUGGAGAUGACUGCCCAUGUCUGCAUUGCUCAAAAAGAAUAA